CUAUCACUUGACCGACUUAUUGCACUCUUGUUUCGUCUUGGCCGGAGAGAGCGGCGGAAAAGCCAGGAGCGGGAUAAAUAUCGCCGACAUCGAGGAGAGGGGGGUUUGGUUGUUUAUUUUAAUAUGGCGUCGCACACGGAGUGGGACAUGCGAUCUUCUCUUGGCGUAGGUUAAGCCUGGCGCACAGAUGACUGUAAUACAUGGUGUUGACGGCAGUACGUUUGAAGUGCGUGGCAUGUGAAUGAUCUGUGUCCAUAGCCGAUUCUGAAGUGGCGGUGAGUUCUCGUCGUGUGGGACAAUGGACAUGAAAAAAGGGAAUAGAAGUCCGUCGCCAUCCGUGGCUGCUGCAGUUGGACGUGCUUCACAGUCCCUGGCGCACAUCAGCUCAGGUGUAGGCCUGGUUUCCCAUUCCUCUCCUGGCAAUGAGACCAAAGGGACUCCUUCUACUCUUCAUCCAUCUGGAUGGAAUCCUCAAGGAAAGCUGCCUGGGAAGAAGUCAGGAGAGAUAGGAACCAGCAAUGCUAGUGGAAGUGGAGAUGGCACAGGAGCAAGUGGAGGUCCUGGAAGUGCAACAGGAGUCUCAAAGGUUCUCUCUAAGGGAAAGAAGUCUCCUCUGUUGCCUAGAAAAGUGGAGUCUGGAGCUCCUAUCAGUGUACUUGAUACAAGUGAUUCUGCUGCAGCUUCUCAGACAUCAAUGGGAUCAGGACCUGAUUCAAGCAUUGAUGUGAUGGACUCAGGAGACAUGGAUGCAGAGCGUACUCGACAAGCUCUGGAGCAUAUACAGGCAAAAAUCCAGAAAACAAAGGAGUUGAUCAUGCAAGAGCAAGCCACAAAAGAUGAGAAUGUGAAUGAAUACCUCAGACUGGCUCCAAAUGCUGGUGACAAGGCUCAGCUGGCUCGGCUCAAGACCAUGUUUGAGAAGAAAAAUAAUAAGACUUCACAGAACCUGAAGCACCUCCAAGCCAAAUUGGAUUCAUACCAGCGGAGGCUUCGAGAGCUGGAGACUCAUGGUGUGAAACCUGCUCAAUCUCGUCAGCCAAAAGAGGUGUUGCGAGAUGUGUCUCAAGGUUUGAGGACUGUGAUGGCCAAGCCAAGAGAAUUUGCUCACCUCAUCAAGAAUAAGUUUGGGAGUGCAGACAACAUCACUUCCUUUCAAAAAGAAAAUGGUUCAACUGAAAACAAAUCACACCAUGGAUCAUCCACAUUGCCUCCUCGUCUGGUUUCUCCGACACACCAGCUGUCUGAUGCAGGACAUGAUGUUGUAUGGGAAGAAAAGAAUAUAUUGAAUGCACCACUUGAUGAUGGGCACAGUUCAAACACAAGUGAAUCUGGCCUUCAUAUAACUACAUCUCAACUGCAUUCACCAAAGAGCUUGCUGAAGCAGGUACAAAGCAGAGAGUCCACAUUGAGCCUUGAUGCCUUCUGCCAGGAACUACAGGAACGGCGGGAGGAGAAUGAAAGACUCCGAGAUGAGCUAGAUAAUUACAAGAAGCAAGUAUUGAGUGACCUGGGAAUGUUGAGCAACUGCAUCCAAGAAGAGAGAUUUCGAGUGGAACGUCUAGAGGAGCAGAUCAAUGACUUGACAGACCUUCAUCAGUCUGAAGUGGAGGCUCUGAAGCAAGCUAUUACUGACACAGAGGAGAAAGUAUCAUACCAGAGUGAAGAGAGGUUGCGUGACAUUUCAGAGAUGGUGGAAUCUCUCGCCACACGAAUGACACGGUUGGAGCAUCAAUAUUCCCAGCACCAGCAACUUGUUACCUUGGAUGCCAUUGAAAAUUCCAAUGCUCGGGCUCUCAUUGUGAAACUGGUGAAUGUGCUUCUCACGGUGUUGCAACUGCUACUCCUCCUUGUUGCCACCGGUGCUGGGAUCAUCAUGCCUUUCAUGAAAACCAGAGAUCCGAAACCCACAGGUAAGACAGAUACACGACAGGCAAAGCGAAGGCCUUGCUAUCUACCUCACGGCUUGCGCAUUGGGGUGGAAUGGAUCGAAGCGAACGUUGACAGCUUUCACAGGCCGAAGGUCCACCUUACGGAUUUGUUCAGCAAUGAAGGUCUUGGUGGUGGGCGGUCGCCCCCAACGUCCUUCGAAUGCUAUUGCAUGCCUGAUGGGAUUAAUAACCUUCCCAAAUUUGUUGAUGCUCCUGGGGCACACCCUGGAGCUCCAGGGACGGUGGGCCCACCUCCAGCUCCUAUUGGGGUCCCACCUGCAAUUGGCCUCCUUGCUCCUGCUCCACCUGCCACUGACCUACCGACAUUUGUAUGUCCCCGUCGCCCAAACCUCGGCAAGGAAGGCCGCCCGAUUGUCUUACGGGCCAACCACUUCCAGAUCUCAAUGCCCAGUGGUUACAUUCAUCACUAUGAUGUUAGCAUUCAACCUGACAAGUGUCCUCGCAAAGUGAACCGAGAAAUUGUCGAGACCAUGGUGCGAGCCUAUAGUAAGAUCUUUGGCAAUCUUAAACCUGUCUUUGAUGGCCGAAGCAACAUGUACACACGGGACCCUUUGCCCAUUGGGCAUGAACGAGUUGAGCUAGAGGUGACCCUUCCAGGAGAAGGGAAGGAUCGGGUCUUUCGUGUCAACAUCAAAUGGGUGGCCCAAGUCUCACUAUAUGCUCUAGAAGAAGCUCUUGAAGGACGUUCUCGAACAAUCCCUAUGGAUGCUAUCCAGGCUCUGGAUGUGGUGAUGAGGCAUUUGCCUUCAAUGACAUAUACCCCGGUGGGUAGGAGCUUUUUCUCUGCCCCAGAGAACUAUUACCAUCCUCUUGGUGGAGGACGGGAAGUGUGGUUUGGAUUCCAUCAGUCUGUGAGGCCAUCACAAUGGAAGAUGAUGCUCAACAUUGAUGUGUCUGCCACUGCAUUUUAUAAGAGUCAGUCAGUCAUCAAAUUCAUGUGUGAAGUACUGGACAUCCAAGACAUUGGGGAGCAACGCCGUCCUCUUACUGACUCUCAGCGAGUGAAGUUCACCAAGGAAAUCAAAGGACUGAAAAUUGAAAUCACUCACUGUGGAAGCAUGAAGCGCAAGUACCGUGUCUGUCAGGUCACUCGUCGCCCAGCGCAGAUGCAGUCAUUCCCUCUGCAGUUGGACAAUGGUCAAACUGUGGAGUGUACUGUUGCCAAGUAUUUCCUAGACAAAUAUCAUAUGAAGCUCCAGUUUCCCCAUUUGCCAUGCCUUCAAGUUGGCCAAGAGCAUAAGCAUACAUACCUUCCUCUUGAAGUGUGCAACAUUGUUGCUGGACAAAGAUGCAUCAAGAAACUGACUGACAUGCAAACAUCCACCAUGAUCAAGGCAACAGCUCGUUCAGCUCCUGAUCGAGAGAAAGAGAUCAACAAUCUUGUCAGGAAAGCUGAUUUCAACAACGAUCAUUAUGUGAAGGAGUUUGGAUUGAACAUUGCCAAUGCCAUGAUGGAAGUGCGUGGUCGGGUUCUUCCACCUCCUAAACUGCAAUAUGGUGGCAAGACUCGUCAGCAGGCACUGCCAAAUGGAGGAGUGUGGGACAUGCGUGGGAAGCAGUUUUACACUGGCAUAGAGAUUCGUGUCUGGGCUAUAGCAUGCUUUGCUUCUCAACGCAUGGUGCGAGAGGAUGCCCUCCGCAGCUUUACUACUCAACUCCAGAAGAUCAGCAAUGAUGCUGGGAUGCCCAUAAUUGGAGGUCCAUGCUUCUGCAAGUAUGCUACUGGUCCUGACCAGGUGGAACCCAUGUUUCGGUACUUGAAGAGCACAUUUGAGGGACUACAGCUGGUGGUGGUGGUCUUGCCGGGGAAGACGCCGGUGUAUGCGGAAGUGAAACGUGUGGGAGACACCGUGCUCGGCAUGGCAACUCAGUGCGUUCAGGCCAAGAAUGUCAACAAGACUUCUGCUCAGACUCUGUCGAAUCUCUGCCUAAAAAUCAAUGUGAAACUUGGAGGAGUGAAUGCCAUCCUUGUCCCAACCAUCCGACCAAAGGUUUUCAAUGAGCCGGUGAUCUUCCUUGGAGCUGAUGUUACCCAUCCACCAGCGGGAGAUAACAAGAAACCGUCUAUAGCAGCUGUGGUUGGAAGCAUGGAUGCACAUCCAUCUCGAUAUGCUGCUACAGUUCGGGUUCAGCAGCAUCGUCAAGAGAUCAUCCAAGAGCUGGCUGCAAUGGUCAGGGACCUGCUGGUGCAGUUCUACCGAUCCACACGUUUCAAGCCUAAUCGCAUUGUUUUCUAUCGAGAUGGAGUUAGUGAAGGCCAAUUCCAAACUGUCCUGCAGCAUGAACUCACUGCCAUCAGAGAAGCUUGCAUCAAGUUGGAACAUGAUUACAAGCCUGGGAUCACCUUUAUUGUUGUCCAAAAGAGACAUCAUACCAGGCUGUUUUGCUCGGACAAGAAGGACAUGAGUGGGAAAAGUGGAAACAUUCCAGCUGGGACAACAGUGGACGUGGGGAUCACUCAUCCAACUGAGUUUGACUUCUAUCUUUGCUCUCAUCAAGGGAUCCAGGGGACAAGCCGACCAUCACACUAUCAUGUCCUCUGGGAUGACAACCACUUUGACUCGGAUGAGCUCCAACAGCUCACUUACCAACUCUGUCACACUUAUGUCAGGUGCACUAGAAGUGUCUCCAUCCCUGCUCCUGCCUAUUAUGCACAUUUAGUGGCCUUCCGUGCUCGCUAUCAUCUUGUUGAAAAGGAACAUGACAGUGGUGAAGGUUCACACCAGUCAGGGAACAGUGAGGACCGUACCCCGACAGCAAUGGCCCGUGCUGUCACCGUCCAUCCUGAUACCACCAAGGUCAUGUACUUUGCAUAAUGAUCAUCUAGACUGGGACCUUUAUAAUUCCUUUAUUGACUUGUCUUCUCCCGUUUUUUCUCAUUUCGGCGGCAUCCCAUCCCAUCCUGUCGUUGUGUCCAUCAAUGAGACUGACAUCUGACAGGAGAUUGGAAGCUUGGGGAAUGCAGUGAUGGGAGAUCUGAUGGCAUUGAUCACUCUGUGAUAACCUUGGCUCGAGUUUUUGUGUUUUUGCUACCGGUACCGUCAGGUGGGGUCUUGAUCUCAAAUAUCUACUGCUUCCCUAAGCACCAGCUCCUUGUCAGGUGUACGUCAGUUGCCAUCAGUGGAGUUUUGCUAUGUAUGUCUGUCCCCAAAAGCAGCAAUUUUGUGUAAUGGGUCUCGUUCUCUGAGACUCGAUGUCAUUGAAAAAGCAGAAGUUGGGGAAGGGAAGCCUCUCUGCUCCUUGUAUAUACCAUUUAUACAUUCACAUUUACUUUUGACAUUAAAUACCAACCAUGAAGCCUGAAAAUUGAAAUCUCAGCUAGAUUACUCUUAAUUAUUCUGAUUAUGGAUGCAAGAGAGCGAGAAACCAAACAACUCAUUCAGGAGAUGAGCAGAGAGCAUUCAAGUCUUCAUUCCAAAUAAUUGGGUGCAUGGAUUGUAUAUUAUCAAGUCUGUGACCAUGUGUGUUCCUUUUUUUUUUUCCUUUUGCUUCUGUGGCAAGAAUGAUGAAUGGUGAUUUUUUUUCCUCUGGUGUCUUUGGGAAAGAAUUUGCAUUGUCUUGCAUUUUCCAUCUGAAUCAUGUCAUGUGACAGUGACACCGAGGGAGAAAAAAAGGAAAUGAGAGAGAAAGGGGUGAGACUCUGAGACUCUUACUCACAAUUGCAUCUUCACUCUAACUUGUGGGUCUCGCAAGUCCUCCUUUUUCUCUCCCUGCCAAUGUUGUUGUUCCUGUUGUCAGGCUCAAAGGAAGCCUCCUUUCUCUCUUUCUUUCUCUCCCUUUCUAGGCAGCCAUUAGUGGAGCAAAUCAAUGUCGAUCCAGAUUUUAUUGCUUUUUCUUGUCUUUACGUUUUUCAUACGAGUACAGAAUGCCACCUUACUCGAUCAUUGUUCUGCUUCAUUCAUGCGCGCGACAGGAAUCCGAAGUUUAUCCUCUUCACGAAUUAUGUACAAACAAGAUUGGAGAUGGAAAAAAAGGAAAAUCAUAAGUCAGCCAAUUGCCCCCUCUCUAGAGUCUUGCAGACUUCCGGCCCGACGACAUAUCAUCACAUAUCGCAAGUUACCACUUCUCUCUUGUCCCUUACAUAGAACGAAUAAAGAUUUUCUCCGGUGGAAAAAAAAAAAAAAAUUUGAGAAAACCGGCAUAUCCCACAGAAGCCACCAUAUCCUUGCCGCUUUGGGGCUCAUUCUUCCCCUCGAAUCCCAACCAUCUUGCUGUCUGGUCUGCAUGAAUGUGCAUGUAUGUGUGAAAGCAAGGUCUGCAAGAGAUUUUUAUGUGGAAAUUUUAACCUGGGCAUUCGAAGCGUAGGACAGCUUAGUACAAGAAUUUGACAUCUACACCAAUGCAAGAUGGACGGGAUUCUGAGACAGAACCUCCCAAAGCGGCAGGUGCUCUCUUCCAUCCACAUUGUUCUCACUCAACUGCUCUCUCCAUUCUUUAGAUUCCUGUCAAUGUCCAAAGGUAAAUAACGAAAAAAGUGAAAGUAUUUCUAGCGCUCCAUAUCAUCCUGGGCCAUAUCUUCUUUUUCUUUGCUGCUUCCAUGUCUUUUUUUGUCAUUCAAGAAAUUAGAACUCAUCCCACCCGUGUUGCCCUGUCCUCUCCAUUCGGCACUUGUAAGGUGGCAUUGGAGAACUUUUUACCUCGUCGGACUGGUAGCCUAGGUCUUAAAUUUUGUCCUGUAUUUAUUAAAUGAAAUAAAAUAAAAUUGUUUUCCAUGCGGGAAAA